AUGAAGGAAGAGGUGAAGGGGAUCCCUGUGAGAGUGGCACUGCGCUGUCGCCCCCUCUCUCCCAAAGAGAUUGGCGAGGGCUGUCAGAUGUGCCUUUCCUUUGUGCCUGGGAAGCCGCAGGUGGUGAUUGGCACUGACAAAUCCUUCACCUUCGAUUUUGCGUUCGACCCGUCCGCCGAGCAGGAGGAGGUCUUCAACACCGCAGUAGCACCUCUCAUUAAAGGCGUAUUUCAAGGUUACAAUGCCACUGUCCUGGCUUACGGGCAGACUGGCUCUGGGAAAACCUACUCGAUGGGAGGUGCCUAUAAUGCCGAUCAAGACAAUGAACCAACCACAGGGAUCAUCCCUAGGGUAAUACAACUGCUUUUCAAAGAAAUGGACGAAAGGACCGAGUCUGAGUUCACGCUGCGCGUGUCAUACUUGGAGAUUUACAAUGAAGAGAUUUUGGAUCUUCUGUGCUCACCCUGUGAGAAAGCUACUCAGGUACAUGUCCGGGAGGAUCCCAAGGCAGGGAUAAAGAUUGUGGGACUCACCGAAAAGCUGGUUUCCGUUGCCUCUGACAUGGUGUCCUGUUUGGAGCAAGGAAACAACUCUAGGACUGUAGCGGCCACAGCUAUGAAUUCCCAGUCUUCCCGAUCUCAUGCCAUCUUCACAAUUUCCAUGAAGCAAAGGAAGAAAACUGACAAGAAUAGCAGCUUUCACUCUAAGUUGUGUCUUGUAGAUCUUGCCGGAUCAGAAAGACAGAAGAAAACCAAGGCUGAAGGCGAUCGUCUGAAAGAAGGUAUUAAUAUCAACCUAGGACUCCUAUGCUUGGGAAAUGUCAUCAGUGCUCUUGGAGAUGGCAAAAAGGGAAGCUUCGUGCCCUACAGAGAUUCCAGGUUAACUCGCCUGCUUCAAGAUUCCCUGGGAGGCAAUAGCCACACUCUUAUGAUCGCCUGCGUGAGCCCUGCUGAUUCCAAUCUAGAGGAAACAUUAAAUACCUUACGCUACGCUGACAGGGCUAGAAAAAUCAAGAACAAACCUGUAGUUAAUACUGAUCCCCAGACAGCUGAAAUUAAUCAUCUGAAGCAGCAGGUCCACCAGCUGCGGGUGUUACUGCUACAGGCCCAUGGAGGUAACCUGUCUGGAUCUACAGAAGCAGAUCCUCCAGAGACCCUCCAAUCUCUGAUGGAGAAGAAUCAGUCUCUGGCAGAGGAGAAUGAGAAAUUAAGCCAUGCUCUGAGUGAGGCAGCUGGCCAGACAGCACAGAUGUUGGAAAGGAUCAUUUUGACAGAACAAGCAAAUGAAAAAAUCAACACCAAGCUCCAAGAGCUCAGGCAUCACUCGGCCUGCGAAGUGGAUCUCCAAAAGCUAAUGGAGACGCUGGAAGACGAGGAGUUAAUAGAAAACGUAGGGAAAAUUCACAGCCUGCAACAAGCAAUUAUUUGUCUGUCUGGUGAAACCAUUGCUUUCCUGGCUGCAGCCACUGAGUCGGCAGUGGAGGUAGAAGCUCAAGCAUCCGUCAGUCCAGAGAGGAGGAGGUCUUCUAGCGCGUUCACCAUACAGCAUGCUCUGCGCCAAGCACAGAUGUCUAAGGAACUCACUGAGUUGAAUAAAGUCCUUGCUCUGAAAGAGGCCCUAGCUAGGAAGAUAAUUUUCAAUGGCUGCCAACUACAGCCCAUUCAGUGCCAGUAUGAGGCCAACAUCAAAAGUCUAGAAUCGGAAGUCACCAGUCUGCAGAAGGAAAAGGAACAGUUGCUUCUGGAUCUUCAGAUGGCAAAGAAGGAUGCCAACCAAGCCAAGUUGAGUGAGCACCGUCGCAGAUGUCUCCAAGAGCUGGAGGCUCAAAUAGGUGAUCUGAAAAAGAAACUACACGAGCAAUCUAAGCUUCUGAAACUAAAAGAGUCCACUGAGAAUACUGUCUCCAAACUGACUCUGGAGAUACAGAUGAUGAAGACCCAGCGAGUCCAGUUAAUGCGUCAGAUGAAGGAAGAUGCUGAGAAGUCUAGACAGUGGAAGCAACAAAAAGACAAAGAAGUAAUCCAAUUAAAAGAGCAAGACCGUAAAAGAAGGUAUGAGCUGCUUAAACUUGAAAGAGACUUCCAGAAACAGUCCAACGUGCUCAGGCGUAAAACUGAAGAGGCAGCAGCUGCCAACAAGCGCCUCAAGGCUGCCCUCCAAAAGCAACGGGAAGCAGCAGAUAAACGGAAGGAGACUCAGAGCCGUGGAUUAGAGGGUACCGAAGCGCGAGUGAAGAACUGGCUGAGAAAUGAAAUUGAAGUUAUGGUCAGUACCGAAGAGGUCAAACGCCACCUGAACGACCUUCUUGAAGAGCGGAAGAUCCUAGCCCAGGACGUGGCUCAACUUAAAGAGGACAGGGAACCUGGGGAGAACCCACCUCCUAAGCUCCAGCGGUGCACCUUCGCUAGCGAUGAAGUAUGUGGCCAUGUUUUAGAGGCAGGGGAUUCUAUUACAAAGCAGACUAAAAGUCUAGAGGCUGAAAUGGAGCUCAGGAGUGCUCAGAUUGCUGACCUACAGCAAAAGCUCCUGGAUGCGGAAAGUGAAGAGAGGUCAAAACGCCGCUGGGAGAAUAUUGCUACAGCGCUGGAAGCCAAAUGCGCUCUAAAGUAUCUAGUUGGGGAGGUGGUCUCCUCCAAACUUCAGGUCAGUGAGCUUGAAAGCAACCUGAAACAGAGCCACGCCAGCUAUUGUAAAAUGCAGAAGAUGCUGUUUGAGGAGCAAAGUCGUCUCGUUGAGGUCGAGACAGAGUUGAAAGCUGAGUUGCUCAAGGUGGAGCAAAAGCACCAAGAGAAGGUGCUCUACCUUCUCAGUCAGCUGCAGCAAAGCCAAAUGGCAGAGAAGCAGCUGGAGGUGUCACAGAGUGGAAGGGAGCAGCAGCUGCUGAGCACACUGCAGUGUCAGAAGGAAGAGCUUAGAAAAAUGCAGGAAGUGUGUGAACAAAACCAGCAGCUUCUCCAAGAGAACAGAACGAUCAAGCAGAAACUGACCCUCCUUCAAGGAGCCAAAGGCCAGAAAUCUCAUCUUCCCGAGGAUGGCUUUCAAUGUUCCGAUUCUACCUUUGACUACAUCCCACCUCCGCCCAAACCAUCCCACAUUAGAGACAAGUUCCUGAAACAAAACAUAGAGAUUGAGGAGCUAAAGUAUUAUUCAGAGGAUUCUGUGAGUGCAUCUGAAGAUGGUGACGCUGAUGAUAAGGAGUGGAAACCCAGGAAACUGGUUAAAAUGUCUGUUAAGACUGUCCAAGGGUGUUCCUGCAGGGGGUGGUGUAGGAACAAACACUGUGGGUGCAGGAAAAAAGGGCUGGAUUGCACUGUGGCCUGUGGCUGCGACCCCACAAGGUGCAGGAACCACCAGCAAGAGCAAGACAGCUUGGGCACUAUUGAUUGGAACCAGGAUUCUGAUGACUCCUUCAAACUGGAGGAUCCUACAGAGGUCACCCCAGGACUGAGCUUCUUCAAGCCUGUCUGUGCCACUCCCAACACCAAGAUCCUUAAAGAGACGUGUGAUAAGGAUCAGGUUCUGUUCAGGAAGACUGCUCUUGCAGUUUCCUUAGAUCUCUCAGGCACAGAACACAGAGCAACAGAGUCUCAAGCAAGUAAAGCCACAGGGAAGAAAAAGAAACGAGCUCUGGCCUGCAACAGCGCCUUCUUUUCUGGCUGCUCUCCCACCAAAGAGGAGACUUGCUGA